AUGUUCAAUCGAACUGGGCUGGCUCCUGCACCAAACGUGCCCAAUCCUCGCAAUGCAGGGCGGAAGAAAAGCAACCCGGUAUGGGAAUUUUUCACGGAUCUGCGAGGCCACGGACUUGCCGGUGUGCGAUGUCGCUUCUGCCAUUGGGUUACGAACGAUCGAAGCCCAACGACAAUGAAGUUCCACUUAAAACGAAAACAUGACACAGGACCUGGAGGCUUAUGGGCUAUAUGCGAGGAGAAAAUAAAUUCACAAGCACCAGCAAAUUAUGCUCCUCGGUCAAGAAAGUCUGAGGAUGCGUUGCUCAAGGCAUUAACAAAUCAGCGACACCAGAUUCAGGCUUUUAGCAAUUUUACUGCUGCGGAUGUCAAGCUUGGAAUGUCUGCUCAUGACGAUUUUCUAACAUCGUUGAUCCAGCAAGCCACCAGCAUGACUUCGAAUCCUGUGGAAAUGCAGGAGCCGUUCUGUUCACAAGAGAAUGAUGGUCUGUCCUUGUCUGAGUCGCUUUUCUUGACCAAACUCAAUGAAGGACUCAAGGAGGACGACGGAUCUUCGUCAACGGCUAGCGGUCUCUUAUGCCCUUCGGGUAAUGAUUUCCAGUUGAGCGACGGCGCCAGCAUAGCUGCUCUUCUUCAGAUUGCUACUGACUCCGACCUAACAUUCACCUUCAAUUCAAGACGCUGCGGUGAAUAUUGUUUCGAAUCAAAUAGGAAAAACGGACGUAUGGUUGUGUUCGGAGAUACAGGAACGGAGAUUCGUGUGGCUCAGAAGAUAGGCGAUGAAGAAGUGAGCGUGGAAACGUGGCGAAAGAGUGACUGGCUCCAAUUCUGUUGGGCGGUUCGAGGAGCGAUGCCACGAAUCGAAUUUGAACCUAAGCUUGACUUCAAAGAUGUCCUUCUGCGACCAAAAAGAUCGACAUUAAAAAGCCGAGCUGAUGUGGACCUCCUGAGAGAGUACACUUUCAAAAAUUCCAAGAAAACGUAUAAUGGUGUCCCUGUAGUUGCAUCGAAUAUGGAUACUGUAGGAACGUUUGAAAUGGCCACUGCACUUGCUCAACACAGGCUAUUCACCACUAUACACAAACACUAUUCGCUCGAUCAAUGGAAGGAAUUUUUCGAUAAAAACAAGGAAGAUGCGAACAUCUUCAACAACAUAGCCGUUUCUUCAGGAAUCUCCGACAAGGAUUUUGACAAGUUACGUGCCAUCUGUGAUGCUGUUCCGUCGUUGGAGAGCAUUUGUCUUGACGUAGCCAACGGCUACUCGGAAAUAUUCAUUGAGUUUAUUAGAAAAGUUCGUGAACAUUUUCCCAGACACACUAUAUUGGCAGGGAACGUGGUCACUUGUGAGAUGGUGGAAGAGCUGCUGCUAUCCGGCGCCGAUAUUAUUAAGGUGGGAAUCGGUCCAGGUUCGGUUUGUACGACUCGGAAAAAGGCUGGUGUAGGGUAUCCACAGUUAAGUGCGGUUUUGGAGUGUGCAGAUGCUGCUCAUGGCCUCGGAGGACAUGUGAUGAGCGAUGGCGGUUGCACCAAUGCCGGCGACGUAGCCAAGGCUUUUGGAGCUGGUGCUGAUUUUGUAAUGAUUGGCGGUUUGUUCGCUGGACAUGAUCAAAGCGGCGGUGAGAUCAUCGAACAGAACGGAACGAAGUUCAAAUUGUUCUACGGAAUGAGCUCGGACACAGCCAUGAACAAAUACCAUGGAACAGUCGCAGAUUACAGGGCUAGUGAGGGAAAAACAACCACAAUUCCAUACAGAGGUGAUGUAAACGAGACGAUACUCGACAUUCUGGGUGGGAUUCGAUCAGCUUGCACUUAUACGGGUUCUGCUAAAUUGAAGGAAUUGGCAAAGAGGACUACGUUCAUUCGCGUCACUCAACAAACCAAUGACAUGUACGUGCCAUUCGAGGUGGCGAAAUAA